GUCAAGCAGUCUUGUUUAUUUGGUCGUUGUGGUUGGUGGUAUAUAUACAUUCGCCAAAAGAAGGGCAACUGGUUUGAAUAUUUGUCCAGUUCGUUAGCCCGAGUUGUAACUUUAAGAAACAGGAAAGUCCUUCUUCGGCUGUAGAAAGGCUUGCCGUGCGCCACAGUUGCAGAUCGCAACGUUAACGGGGGACAAAGGUUCGCGGAACUCCUGUCGUUAUAAUCGUAAGAGAGGAAGUACUGGAUUAAGAGCGCACAAGGAUCUUUGUGGUGUACGCUGUUGGUUUGUCAUCAUAGAAGACGCUUUCUUCUGCGGGAAAGCUACUGGCCUCAGAAGGAAAAGAGCCUGUUCGUUCGACGUUGUUGCACAUUACACAGUUUUCUAAAACGAAGUAAAACUUCUUUUCUUCUCUUUUCUUUUUGCAUCAUGUUUGGCUCGGCGGCUUCCUCAUCGCCGCCCGCGGCGAGUGCGGUCAACGGCACGGCCUCUGCACCGGCUCCGACAGGUUUUUCUCUCAGCGCCUCCUCCGCGGCACAGUCUGCUGCACCACCAGCAACCGCCGCCGCCGCCGCAGCAGCAGCAGCAGCAGCCGCGACUGUUGCCGUGGACCCGCCCGCGCCGCUGAGCUAUUCUAAACUCUUCGAUAAGGCGUGCCGCGACGGCACUGUGAGCGACGCCUUCGCACAGGAAAUUAAAAGACGAUUUAGCGCUCCGAUGGAAGUCAGGAUGGCACCUGGGAAUGGUGCCGGUGUCCCGGCAUCCGGUGUCACGCAGGCUCUGGCGACCGCACAGCAAGUGGGGGCUCAGUGGAAGAGUGCGCUGGCUCCACAGGCUUCGCGGACUGGCGCGCUUCCGAUGGGCUCUGCGGCUGCACCAGGCAUCUCUACUCUCGCACGCAACACGGAGGCACAGCAGCAGCAGCAGCAGCGUCAGCUCCGGGUGGAAAAUGCGCAGAACCUGCUGCAGAUCCUGCUGAUGUGCGACAGCGGCUACAACAACAGUGAGGCGCCACCCGCCGACAACGCGGCGUCGUCGCAGUGGAUGGAAACCGGCGAGGAGGCGGUGAAAGGGCUACACGCCGCGGUUGGCGCCGUUGCCGCGUCCGCCGCGAGCAACCUCAUCGCCUUUGUGAAAGCCUCAGUUGUGGCGCACACGCAGGCGCUGGACGGAGAGGCCGCCACCGCGACGGGUCUCUUUGGGGAGAGCCGGCGAAAACGCUCCAACGAGGACCCUACGCUGCUCGCAGCGCAAUGCCUUUACCUCUUGUCGCGCCACUUUCAGCUGACGGCGAGUGUGGUGAAGGAGGCGCUGGACUUGGUGGACGCUCUUUACUUUCUACUGAAGAACUCCCUGCGCAGUCGACUUGUUGCCCUCACCACCGUCAGCGAGAACAGCGACACCUGCGCCCUGAACACGCUGACGUGGCUGUGCGUCUUCUCCGUCGUGAACGCGGCCGCCGUGUGGAAAAAACUGCGCGGCGCCUCCGGCGAGCUGCGCCUGAACGAAUUGAUUCACUCGAACGUCGCAUCGUCGAUUGAGGCGGCCGUGAGCAGCCUGCGCAAGCGGCUCCGCGAGUCGGUGCAGACCUCCGUCUCCGGCGCCAACGCUGGAGGCCUUCACGGCGCGGGCUUGUCGGCGCGUGCGUCAGCCUCCCCCCUUAUGCCCCCCGCGGUGUACACCUGGCAGGUAAUCAUGGACAGUUACCUGAGCAUCUUGACUCUCGCGGAGGGAUGCAUGCUGCGGGCAAAGGGAAGCGAGCAAGGGUAUGACAAGGCCCUGGACGCUUUUCUCGGCGAACGGGCCGCGACGGCUCUGUCCUCGACGUCCUCACCGUCGUCUGCAGGGUCCGCGGCCGCUCCCGGCAACGUGGCGGUGCACCGUGGCAAGGUGACUAAGCGAAUGGUGGAACUCGCACCGGUGCCCCGCACCCUCUCCAUCCCUGUCGGUCUGUUGUACAUCGCUCCCUAUGAGAUGAUGUCGUACCUUUUUGACGAGAUGCUGCCGCUGCUGCGCCACCUGUCGGAGCUGGAGGUGGCGACGCACCGCCGCUACAUCGAGCAGCUGGAGGACCUGCCCCGCAUCUCCUCCGCCAUUCGUGGAGGAAGCAACAGCGGCAACAAUAACAUCAACAGUAACGGCUUUCUGCAGCGCACAGGUGACGGCGAGGAGGGCUGGCUGCGGCGCAUGACCCGCGUGGGAUUGUACGGGGAAGUCGUGGGAGAGCCGUUCACCUCAGAAAUGGCGCACCUGCUCGAGGCCCUCGCCAUUUGCCUGCAGCAUCUCCCACCGGAGGUGUUGAAUCCCGAUCUCGACUGCGACUGUGCCGCGACCUUCUUCAUCUUCAAGAACUUUGUGAAGCACAUGCGGCAGGUGUUCGCGACGCAGCGCAGCGGCGAAGGCAGCAGUGGCGCCACCCUCGCCUCCGCCUCUUCCUGGGCCGUGUGGGAAAACUACACGUUGAAGCUCAUGACGAAGUUCUUGGAGGUGCUCGCGAUGAUUGGUCGCAAUCCGCAGUACACGCAGCGUGUGGUGGUGCUGUUGACGGAUGCACAAACGGAGUGCAGCGAGCUGCAGUGGCACAGCCUCGUAGGCCAGGCGCUGGAGUGUGCCGGUUUCAACAGCGGCGUGCUGAGUGUUCCCGGAAUGAGCGGUGGCGGUAGCGGGAUGCCACUGUCGACGAUGGCCGCCACCGCCGCCGCGCAGACCGCUUCCCCUUCCUCUCCUUCGUCUUCUUCUCCCGCUGCCCUUCAAAACGGUCUAGGAACGGAAGUGGAGGACGCGUAUGCAACCUCGUCCGCACUUACGAUGAGCAACGGGGUGCCACGCUCCUUCCAUCGCCAGUUCACGCGUCAGUACACCCGCAAGUGUCAGCGGCAGUUCAUCUCCAGCUUCUUUUUGCUUCUUCGUCAGCUCUUCGCCCACCCAGCGCUGCGUCCCAUCGUCGGCGCCUACAUCAACCUGGAGCUGGCUCUCACCUUUCUCUUCGCCCCGCAGCAGAGUCAAGUUAUGUUGGGCAGCACUCUUUCGCUCAUCUCCGCCCUCAUCACCAGCGCAUCUGACGCGCAGCUGGUGUGGACCUUCCUCGAGCAGCGCCACCUGCUGCAGCAGCCGUCGAUGCGAGCGCAGCGUGGCAGCGGUCCUGUCGACGGCACCGCAGCCCUGUACGACCGCUUCACCGCGACUACCAGGGCUAGCGGCGCCGCUGCCUCCCGUGAGCCGACGACACACGAGGAGACGCUUUCUCUGGUUGGCCACUGCCAGUACGAGUGUACGCAGGGCACGUACGACAUCACCAUCGGCUUCUUGAACCUCAUCACGGCGCUCUUCCAGAACGAUCAGCCUUCCAUGGCCGCCCUCGGCGCCUACACCACCGUGAUCAACUUCGUCUCACACGAAAUCCUGCGUGGUGUCUUGAAGCGCGUUUUCACAUUCCAGCUUGAGCGCUACACUGUGUUCGCCCUCGCGGCGGCAGCGCUGCGGCAGGCCUUGCUCGUCCGCUUCCACGGCGAAAACGGGCGGACCGCCAUGCUUCCAUUCGCCAGCGUCAUGGCCAUCAACAAGGCACCCGCCGAUGUCGUGGGUGAGGUGGUGAAGCUGAUCCUGGAGGCGAGUGACGCGCCGUACGAGCUGCUCAGCCAUCACCGUGCCGCGGUGCGACAGGCGCUGCGCCUCCUCAUUACCGCCAUUCAGGCCGUGCAAGAGCAGAAGAUCGAGCUCCUGCUCUUUGACACCCGCACCACGCUCAACACGGACCUCCUCGUGCGAGUAUUGGGUCUGUGCUCUCUGCAGGACACGCUCCUGACCAAGACGACGCUGCAGCUGCUGCUGCUUUUCCCGUUCGAGACAGCCAACCAAGCCGCACACUACUGGUCGGGACUCACUGCCAAGUACGCGCCGGUGCUCGAGUCGUUUACGCAACUGCUGCAUCCACUCUGCACGGUGCCGGUCGUCGUGCAGGCGCCCCCGGAGCUCGCGCAGCUCGACUUCGAUCCCGGGGAGCUCGUGCCGGGAUGGUCCUCUGCGCUUCUCAUCGACACCAAGUCCCUCUUGUUGGACCUGCUCAUGCGGCACGCGGAUGUCACGGAGCCUUCCCUGACGGCGUGGAUGUGCGGGUUUUAUCACGAAGAGUACACCGCACGAGAUCGCCGCGUGCACGAGAGCGCCGCCGCGAACGCCACGGCCGCUGCCGAUGCGCAAGAGAGCGACGCCGGAGAGUCGAGCUGGUGGGGCUCCACCCUGCUCGCGUCGGUGGUGGAGGGCGCGUGCAGCGGCGAGGUCGAGCGUGCGCACCCUGCCCUCGCCGUCAAGUGCGUGAAGGUGCUCUAUCUGCUGCGUGCCAACCGCCUGUACGGCGCGCUUGUCGUACGCCCGUUUCUCGAGUCCGUCUGCCAGACGCUCUUUCUGCGCCUGCAGCACUUCCGCGCGAGCCGGUGCAGCCCCGUCGCGCUCAGCAAGUACGCCUACGUGCUGAAACUGCUCGCCCUGGAGGCGUGCUACACCUACCGCACCUCCCCGGAGGACCUGCGACUGGCACAGAGCACGUCCAUCCCGUCCAUCUCCAUCGAGGUGCUCCUGUCCCUCCUGCACGCCUUUGGGGAGCAGGCGAAUUCGACCAACGCACACGAACCCGCUGCGGGCACAGGCGUCGCCACGCGAAGCAGCAGGUUUGCCGCCGGCAGCUUCAUAGAAGGCGGGGAUCACUCCAACACGAAUGAAGAACGUGGGGACGGCGAUGACAACGCAGAGGAUACGCACAAUGCGGGCCGACGCUCCACCGGCGCCGUGACCGUCGUCUCGCGUGACGCGGCGGUGGAUAUCACAAGCUGGCUGCCGCAGGCGCUGCAGGUUCUGCCCACCUUCCCCGAGAAACUCCCACCCAUCAGCGGCGGCCGCAGCCAUCUUGUGCCGUGCGCUGCGGACGGUGUGGUGCAGUACAACGUGGCCAGUCUCUACGAAGCGUUGCAGCUGGAACAGGUGCGCGCCAACAAGCCACCGCUGACCAUGGCAGAGCUGCGCGAGAAGCUGCAACCCUUUAUUGUGGCAAACGACUGCUUCUUCUCGUACGCCUCUGGAGUCAGCUUUGUGGAGGGGUGGUGUCAACUCGUGAACGUUUCUUGCACCGUCGUGCAGGGCUUGUCGAUGUCCCGUCUGCGUGCUUUUGCCUUAUGCAUUCUGCAUGGGCUGGACGCCACGACGGCCAUGACCGCCGCGGCGCAAGAGCAGAUCUGCUCCCGGCUGUGCCACUGCCUGUCCACCGUCAUGGCGCACCUCCGAAAAGCGACGCUGAUGGCGGCUGAACGCCCGUUGUUGACGGCGUCACUCGCGGCAACGGGGGCCCCGUGGGGGAACCUGCAGCAGCGCGGUUCGUCGGACGGCUCGACGGGGACUGUUAGACAGCGCCAGUCAAACGAAGGUGAGUCGGCGGCGCAGCUGGUGUCUGCCACCGCGCACGUGAGCGGGCUCGGAAUGCGGCGUCCACGCGACGACGGCGCGGCCGGGCGCCCUAUCCGCAGCAGGAGCAGCAACAACCCAUUCGUGACGCAGGCGGGCGAGGCGGGCAACUUCUACAGCGCCACGCGCCGCUCUCAACUGGCCCAGACAUUGCUGCAGCGUCGUCAGGCCGAGCGAGUGAUGGCGGUGGACGCGGUGGCAGCGAACGCCGCCGUCCUGCAGCCGCUGAUCCGCGCCCUCGUGCAGUGGGGCGCCCGCAUCCCCACCAUUCGCGCCGAUCUGUAUAUGAGUCUUCUCUGCCUUGCCGAGACGCCAGGGAUCAAUCUCGAUGACGUGGUGCUUUGGCGUUCGCAGAAGACGCUGCUCAAUGUGAUUUGUGCGGAUAUUUGCAGCGGCUGCGCGGCCAACCCCGCUGCCGCCGCGGCUGUUGCCGCGGUGAGCGCCCCCGCUGGUGGUGGGCUGGGCGUGCUGCAGAGCAUCGAAAACGGGGGCAGCGCUGCAAGAGUCAACGCCAGCGCAGCCACCGGGACCCUCUCAACAAAGCUGCAGCACGCCGUGGCGCUUCUCGUGGCGCUUCUGCAGUCCUCCGCCGCCAUCCGCGACGACUUCUGCACUCCAAGCGCCGGCAGCGGAGACGGGAUGAGCACGUGGGCCCUGCGCUGCUCCACGGCGCUGCUCCAGAGCGUUGACAACGCCGUCUGCAGCUUCUUCGCGAACAACGGCGUCCCCAUCGGCUCUCUGUUGUGGCAUAUACGCAGCACAUUUGACCUGCUCUCCGUCAUCUCGCUGGGUCACGUCUCUCAGGUGUUGCACAGUGACCUGCUGCGGGUGUGCUUUUCGAUGCAGGCCUGGAAGUACAGCACGCAGGUGGUGUUGGGCUAUUCGCAGUCCUCCAUUUCGCAUGCGCAGAUCGUCAACAAGCCGCUGGUGGAGCAGAACAAGGAAGUGCUGCGUCGGCUGCUGCUGGGCGCCACGCGCUGGGUGAAUCUCCUGCUCUCCUUCCUCGGCGACGCCACGCCGCUGCUAUACGAGGUGCAAAAGUUUAUCCGCGAAAACCGCUCGCUCGUAGAUUACGUUUUCAUCUCGCCCGCCGCGGUGAGCAGCACGCUGCCCGGGUCUGCGCGGCUGAGCGGGUCGCACCUGACGCUGUGUGCCGAGCUGUCGGAGUGUCUGCGUGCGCUGUCGAGCUCCGUCUUGGCGGUGGACUGCCGCUCGCUAGUGGAGAGCAUGGCACUGCCGGAUCUGCUGAACAUGCUGAGCAGCGAGGAGGUCUGGCGUCGCGGUCCCACAGACGUAUACGACUUCACCGACAUGGAUGGCGAGAACGGCGUGGCAGCCGGGGUCUCUUCUUACAGCGGCAGUGGGGGACUCGCGGCAACGACAGCAGCAGCAGGAACAGACGCGCGGUACGACGCCGCUGCCGUCGAGAACGAUCGGAGCAGCAGCGCUGGUGUGGCGCUCGUGAAGCGUGUCGGCAGCGCCGCGGCUGCCCUGUCGAUGAUGGAGCGUGGCCGCGACGUGGUGGCGUUGACGGUGCGUAACUUGUCGCACUUGUUGCUGAACUCGGAAUACGGCCUUCGCGGAAAGGAGGUGGAACUUAUGGGCAUCGACACCAGCAGUACUGCGACCCUGAUGCUGCGCUUUUCCGCCAGCAAGCGCAACCUUUGCAUUCAAAUUAUCCGUCACGUCGCCCACUCGCUGGCCGAGAUCGCAAGCGCGAACGGGCACGAGUUCCGACUGGAGUGCUACCUCUACGCCCUCCACGCGCUGCUCUGCCUUCUGCACUCUUUUGUGCUCCCGCUGGCACAGGGCGCCCCACCACAUCAAACACAAGAGGACUUCAUGCGGUAUCUGAAGCAGCUCCCACUGCAGGAAAUCGUAGACGUGCUACAGCAGUCGCACGAUGCGGUGUACCAGCUGAAACGGUUCAACACCGACUACCGCGGUGGGAUGCGCGUGCACCGACUCGGCGCGCGCCGUCCGGGGGCCGCGGGAGUCGACGCGGACGACGCGGCGAGCAGCGACGACGCGCCGGCGCGUUCGUUGAGCAACGGGAUGCGGCCCUCCAGCUCGGACGGCGAAGGCCCGCACUCCCUUCCCGCGCCGCCCCUCUCGACGCCCAAGUCGACGCCUGCGGCACCUAACGCGGAUGCCUUCAGUGUGCCGUCCACCCCGGGGCUGCUCCCGGCCGCAGAAGCACGCCGGAGUGGGCUGGGCUCGCCAAGUUGGCAAGCGCGUGCACCGCACUCGCCUGGUGCGCCAGCGAACGCGUCACCCCCAGGCGACGGAAUUCACCACCGACAGGGUGCGCCGUCUGCUGGCGCCGCGGGUGUGCCGCCGUCCACCGCUACAACGGCGGCGGCAGGCCACAGUCGCGACCCCAAUUCCACGGUGGUGCACAGUCUCUCCGGCAACCAACGACGCGGCUUGCACGCCUUUGGCGCAGCUGGUUCAUCUGGUGCGGAGGGAGCUGAUGGCUGGAGUGCAGAGACGAACUCGGUGCUGCCCGUCAUGGAGGAUGGCGAGAAGGUCCGCCCGGACAGCACGCUGUGGGAGCUGCUACCGCCGCAGACCGCCGGUGGCGACGAGUGGACGCGCAUCUACGAUUCCUUCCAGAACAACGGCGCACUUGCAAGCGACCUGGACCUGGCGGGCAGUCGCGAACCUUCACAGCAAUGGGCGAACGUGUUAAACCUCGAGAAUGAAGUUCGCCAGAUUAAAGUGGCGAUCGCGAACGCGUUGCGCGCGACGAAGGGAGCAAUUGGAGCCGUGCGCAAGAUGCAGUAG